GUCCCUCUCUCCUCCCUCUCUCCGUCUCUUGCUCACUCUCUCCCUCUCUCCCUCCCUUUGCAUGUGUUCAGCUGCUCCAGCUGUCGGUCUCCCCACUCACUCUCUCAGGGUCAUACAGGCAGGAGUUUAAGGGACCACUUCUGUACGCCAACUCAGCCGGGAAGACCGCAGCCAGCAGAAGGACACACCGGCCAGAGGGAGAAGACCAAGCCGAAAAGAUUCAUCUGUACCAGCUCUUGGCCGCCUCUCUCAUUUAUAAAGCAGCACUGCCACCUGUGUGAUAGCUGUGUGAUAGCUGUGUGUGUGUGUGUUUGUGUGCAUGUUUUACGUGUGUUCCCGUCCCAUCUCCUGCAAAUUAGUGCAUUAGUAUGCAGGGUGCUUGUGUGUCAAUCUUGUGCGUGUGCAUAUGUGUGUCUGUGCUCCUCCGCAGUGCUAUUUCACAGCCACCUACAGAAAGUGACAUCUACACGGAAUGCACAGAUGGGUAUCACUGGGACCAUCAGACUGAGCACUGCAAAGACAUAAACGAGUGUGAGACCAUUCCAGAUGCUUGCAAAGGGGAAAUGAAGUGCUUCAACCACUACGGAGGUUACCUGUGCCUGCCCCGCUCUGCGUCAGUCAUCCCGGCCCCGGAGCCCCCCAUCACGCCCAUCGAGACCAACCCCUGCCCUCUGGGCUACGAGGCGCAGGGAGACAGCUGUGUGGAUAUAGACGAGUGUGAGCGAGACGAGGAUGACUGCCAGCCCAGCCAGCAGUGCAUUAACACACUGGGAGCCUUCACCUGUCAGUGUCCGGAUGGUUACCGCAAGGUUGGCACAGAGUGCAUCGACAUCGAUGAGUGCAGGUACAGGUACUGCCAGCAUCGCUGUGUUAACGUCCCCGGCUCCUUCUCCUGUCAGUGUGAACCUGGCUUCCAGCUGGCAGGAAACAACCGAUCCUGCAUCGAUGUGAAUGAAUGUGAGAUGGGCGCUCCCUGCUCUCAGAGGUGUUACAACACAUACGGCACCUUCCUCUGUCGCUGUGACCAGGGCUACGAGCUGGGGCCCGAUGGCUUUGCUUGUAACGACAUCGAUGAGUGCAGCUACUCCAGCUACCUGUGCCAGUAUCAGUGUGUCAAUGAACCAGGGAAGUUCUCCUGUGUGUGCCCUGAGGGAUACCAGCUGCAGGGCACCAGACUGUGCCAGGAUAUUAACGAGUGUGAAACAGGUGAACACCAGUGCACCAACACACAGACCUGCGUGAACAUCCAUGGCAGGUACCAGUGUGUGGACUCAAACCGCUGCCAGGACCCUUACGUGCAGGUGUCUGAGAACCGCUGUGUGUGUCCCGUCAACAAGCCUGCCUGUCGAGAGCUGCCUUUCUCCAUCGUCCACCGCUACAUGAGCAUCACCUCGGAGCGCUCCGUCCCCUCCGACAUCUUUCAGAUUCAGGCCACCAGCGUCUCUCCGGGAGCUUACAACACCUUCCGCAUCCGAUCUGGAGACGAAAACGGAGACUUCUACAUCAGGCAAAUCAAUAAUAUCAGCGCCAUGCUGGUGCUGGCCCGCGCUGUGUCGGGGCCCAGAGAGUACACGUUGGACCUGGAGAUGGUGUCAGUAAACCCUCUGCUCAGCUACCAGGGCAGCUACCAGACCAGCUCCGCCCUCAGACUCUCCAUCAACGUCGGGCCGUACGCCUUUUAAAGAAGAGUGGAGCGAUGCAGCGAGAGAGAGAGAGAUGGAGAGAAACACAGAUGCAAAAAAAAAAAAAAGCAAAAUGAAGCUGUAAAGCUCAAGUGGUCGAUGCAGUUCAACCAGUCACUGUGAUGUUACACUCUUUAGCUUUUUGUACCUCCAAAGAAAGCCACAUUUCAGCCAUAUACAUACAGUACAGUAUACGAAUACAAUGUAGCAGUAAUGUCACACAAAUAAAUAACAGCCUUAAAUAAUUACCCAACUUAAAUUUGUUCCCUUGUGUUCAAUGUGUCAGUUUCCUGGGAUAUAUCAUGUUCACUGUCAUGUUUUAUUUAACACCUAUCUGACAGUCUCAUUCUGUGUCUAAAAAGGAGUUUUAUUUUCUCCACAUCUGUUCAGGGUGAUAACAAAUCUGUGUGACAUAUUUUCUGUCUGACUUCAGGUGCAGUGAUUCACGCCCAGCGUCACCAGAUUAAUCUGUUUUCACCAGUUUACAUCCUUAUCUUCGGUUCUGCUCUGUUUGUCACUUUACUCUUGUCGAGCCUGUUUCCUGUUGACAGACGUGAUUCAGUAACCACUCAGAUCAGACCUCCGCCAUGCACGCUCCUCCUUCUCCCUCCGCUGUUCAUUCCUCUGUUCCAGCUCUCCAUCACCUUUUCUAGGUUUGUCACAUUGCUGAUCGUGCUGUACUUUGUUUUGUUUUUGUCUAAGAUUUAAAGCCAAAUAAA